CUUGAUCACGUGAUUCAGUUACCUGUACAAUAAUAUACACAGGUGUCUCGUUUAUAUUGAUAGGAAAAAAAAAGGACAGUUGUGAAUACAACUUCAGGAAAUAUGCAUAGCCAAGGGAAUACAAAGAUGUUUCGCUCUUAUCAGAGCAUUUUACCGUCAACUAAUAAACUUUUACAAAUGAAAUGGGACCAAACAUACUACAAAGAACACCGCAGACUGGUGAAGGAAGCCCAGCCAAUGGUUGACACAAAGGCACCAGCAACAUAUAUGCAUCUUCAUCUUAAACUCAAGAAAUUGCAGCUAGAGGAAGAAAGAUUAGCUACUAUAGAACGUGACAACCGUAUAUUGCUGGAAAAAAUGUCUUAUAUAAUGAGAACUAGGGGACGUGUAGAUAAUAGAAAUAAUUAUGAAUAUAAGAGUCUCAACAGAGAAAAACGGCAACGUGAGCUGUUACGAGUAACAAAGGAGAACCAGGCAAUAUUGAAGCGCAUAAUGAUGAGAAAGCCGGAAUACAGCGCACACAAAUGGCAGCGUGAAUGGGAGGAAAAUCAGACAUUUAUGGAUAAUAUCUCACACUUCCCAAAGGACUGGUGGAUAGAGGAGAAACAAGAUGAGGGAAAAGGCAGUCCUGUACAAAAAGAAGAACAGAAACAAGCAGACGAUAGACAACAAGAAGAGGAACCACAAUCCCAAAUUAAAGAUCGUCAGGACGAUGACCAGCAACAAGUAGAAAAUGCCUGAAAAAACAUGAUAAUAAACAUUCUAGAACCAGUCUACUUCAUUCUGUUGCGUCUGCUGUUGGUAAAAUUACCGUAAUUGUCAAAUUAAUUUUUACCUCAUACUAAAUGUAAAAUAGAGGUGACCUUCCAUGCAGAUGAGUAGUUUGAACAAAUAAUUGUAUAUAAAUAUAAAACAUAAAUUAUUCAAAAUAUUUGGCAUCAGUUUUGGACGUUUCAAAUCACUGCCUGACCUAUACACAUGCAAAGUUCCAUGCUUUCAAUUCGGGUUUUCAUUCAUGGCAUUAGAUCAAUAACAGACAUCCCUAAAUUAUGCUGUCUCAGCAUUUUUUACUGUUCAGUGUUGUGAUCAUUUCUGAUCUUUUUGGUCUGAAAAUUGAAUUCUGCUUAAGCUAGUGCUAGAGUGUUUAAGCAUGUUGCAAAGAACAGACUUGGUAAAAAAAAGUAUGUUUUUUUAUCUUGGCUGCAUUUUGUGCCAUCAAAGGGCCUUCUUUAUGAGUACGGUAAUAGUGGUAAAUUGGGCAACAUUGGCACAUUUUGGUCAACUUUUAAAAUGUUUACGAGAAGUUGUUCUAUAAUUAAAACUUUUGGUAUAAUUCGAUAAUGCAUGGAAUUCACUGAUUUCUGUUACUGGUCUUAUACAUGAUUAACUCUUCAUAAGGGCGUGGUUCACAUUAAUAUAAUAUAUUGAAUUGAAUGAAUCCAUGAAAUGUAGGUUUAAUAGGAUAAUAAAGGUGCUAAUUCAAUUGACUCAAAAUAAGACAAAAACUGACCUGUUUUGAAAUUAUAAUUCUAUUAUAUAAUUCAUUGGAUUUGAAUAACAAAUCUUAUGUCAGGCAGAAAAGUUUAGGAUGUGCUUUUUCAUUACAUCACAUAUAAAAAAUUAAUGAAAUAUGAAACUUGCUAUAUUACAAUGUAUAUGAAUCUCUACCAAUUGCCAACCAUUAGUUUUGGUAUGAACAGAAUCAAACCAAUUCUGCUGGUUGCUCUCUAUUCUUCCAUAGAAAUUUGGUUUUCUUAUAGAUCUGACCAAGAAGUUUUACUGUACUGAAAAUUUACAUUAUAUUUUUUUU